AUGUUGACCGAAAGCAACAAACUAGACGAUACCUGCACAUACACCAUUGGCUUGACAAACUAUUUUUGCAAAGUCUUAGAGCUUGACGAUGCUUCAUAUGGCGGAGAGACCAAGAAGCAGGAGAAUGGAUCGCCUUUUGUUGAUUUUGCGACAUCUGGAUCGAGAGUGACCACGGCGAUCAAGCCUUGGAGCUACGUGAUGCCAAAUCAUGAUGUGGAUGCCCCAAAGACCGUUGCAAAGACGGAACUGGGACUUUCAUACUCAAGGAACGAUGAGCUUCCUGACCUACUGGCGCUUGGCGAUACAGCAUCAGCUGGACGUAUGUUUUGCAAGGUCCUCUGUAGUGAUCUGAGGACCACGUGGGACACGAUAAAGGAGAAUUGGGAAAACGAGAGGGAAGAAGAAAAGAAAGAAGAAAUAGAGGAAGAUACGAAGGAACAAGAAGAAGGAGAUGCCACUGAUGUUGAGGAUAGUGAGGGUGAUGAUGAUGUUGAUGAUGAUGAUACGGAUGCCGAGGAGAACAAGGAAGAGGAAGCAAUCAGGUACUACCCAGAAAAGCAGAAUUGGUCACCACCGAGAUUACCUACAAGCUCUAAGAGUAUGGAGCGAAUGAUGAUCGCCCCCAAAGAACAUGGUUGGAUGCGCUGCACAUUUCUUCACAGUUGA